AUGUGUACGCUCUACACAGACGUGGGAGAGGUCUGCAAGUGUGAAUCAUUGAAUAGCACCUGGUACCUGGGAGAGAACUGCGACAUGCCCAUCCAAAAAAUUCCUUUUUAUGCAGGGUUGAGUGUAACCCUUGUCGUCAUGUUGGCCGCCGUGGGAGGCCUGGUCGCUUACACUGUGGUCAACAAAAACAAACAAUCAAAAAAGAAAGACAUGAAAGAAAAACUGGUGAACGAGUGGAUGGAUGACGACGUUGAGUGGUCCAGAUCUACGAGCCCAUCAGGAGCAGCUGGAGCCAAAAAAAACAUGUACGAAGUCCAUCAGACACAUCCUUCCACGUAUGACAGCCAUCGCUCCACCUCAUCAGUAGGCAUGUUUAUACCGCCACAGACCAUGCAGAGAAUGGGUUCCUCCUUUUCUAAUGUGGCACAUACCGAGCCGGGCGGUUCAACCUUCCCCACCAUGAUGAACAGAACCAAUCUACCGGUUUCUGUUAAUCAGGAGGAGGAAAAAGAAUAUAAGAGUCUGAGGUAUGAUCGAGUGCCAACCAACCUGAACGAGGGAACCGCUGGACCUGAUGUGUUUCUUUGGUACAAAAAAGAGAGUAGCAAAGAUCCCAUCAGAAUGAUCACCCUGCUCGUUGACCCAGCUGCACCACGGAUGUUUAAAAUCGCCAAGGCCACGGUCAUCAACAAGAAUCUCAAUGAGGGAAACAAAGGCACCCCAGAGUACCUGUGCUUUAGUCGUUUCUGA